UUUUCUGCUGGUUUUCUCCUGCUUAGUCCUCUCUGUCUUUUCCACCAUUGAUGAUUACGAAGAGAGUUCUGAAUGGGCCCUUUACAGCCUGUCCUCUUCCUUCUAUACAGACAUCAUGGUGUUAAUUGCCUCCAUCGCUGUGCUGGCUGCUGGGUCUCAGGGGAACGUUUUUGCCACCUCGGCUCUCAGAAGUUUGCGCUUUCUGCAAAUCCUGCGCAUGAUUCGAAUGGACCGCAGAGGAGGCACCUGGAAGCUUCUGGGAUCGGUGGUGUACGCCCAUAGCAAGGAGUUGAUCACCGCUUGGUAUAUUGGAUUCCUGUGCCUAAUUUUAGCCUCCUUCCUGGUGUACUUGGCUGAGAAAGGAGAAAACGACCAUUUUGAUACCUAUGCAGAUGCCCUGUGGUGGGGCCUGAUUACCCUGACCACCAUUGGCUACGGGGACAAGUAUCCACAAACCUGGAAUGGGCGUCUCCUGGCAGCAACCUUCACUUUGAUUGGGGUUUCCUUUUUCGCUCUCCCCGCAGGAAUUCUAGGUUCCGGCUUUGCCUUGAAGGUUCAAGAGCAGCAUCGUCAGAAGCACUUUGAAAAAAGGAGGAAUCCUGCAGCUGGCCUAAUUCAGGCUGCCUGGAGGUUUUACGCCACUAACCUCACCCGAACCGAUUUGCACUCUACCUGGAAUUACUACGAACGAACCGUCACCGUUCCCAUGUACAG